GGCGGCGCCGUUAUGGACCUGGAGGAGGCGAAAGAGUUCAAAGACCGCUGUUCUCAGUGUGCUGCUGUCUCUUGGGGUCUCACUGAUGAAGGCAAAUAUUAUUGCACUUCUUGCCACAAUGUUACAGAAAGAUCUAGGGAAGUUAUAAACACUGGGGCUAUUCCUAAUACUAAAAUACAAGCCAUCAACCGGGGACUUAAAAGAAAACGAAAACUUGAGAAAGGCUGGGAUUGGUAUGUGUGUGAAGGUUUUCAGCACAUACUUUAUCAACAAGCAAAAGCCUUACAGACCCUUGGAGUAGGCCCAGAGUUAAAGAAUGAAGUUUUACAUAGUUUUUGGAAGCGCUACCUUCAGAAGAGCAAGCAGGCAUAUUGUAAAAACCCAGUUUAUACCAGUAGAAGGAAAACUACGGUAUUAGAAGAUAAUCCAAGUCAUUCAGACUGGGAUAGUGAGCCUGAGCUGCUGAGUGACUUGAGCUGUCCUUCUUUUGUUGAAAGCGGAGCAGAAUCUCAGCCUGAUGUCCACGCUCAAAAGGCUUUCCCCAUCAUCAAAGCGUCACAAUCAGAAACUGCAUCUGUCUGUUCUGGAUCUCUUGACGGAGUUGAGUAUUCACUGCGAAAGGAGAAGGGAAUUGUGAAGAUGACUGUGCCACGGACGCUAGCUUUCUGCUACCUGUCAUUGCUUUGGCAGAGGGAGACAAUCACUCUUGCGGAUCUUCUGAGAUUCGUUGAAGAGGAACAUAUUCCUUAUAUAAAUGCUUUUCAGCAUUUUCCAGAAGAGAUGAAAUUAUAUGGGCGUGACAAAGGAAUCUUUGCUAUAGAGUCUUGGCCUAACUAUGAAGAUAUCUAUAAAAAAAUAAUUGAAGUUGCUACAUUUUUAGAUUUGCCACGUUUUCCAGACAUAACUGAAGACUGCUAUCUUCAUCCAAACAUCUUGUGUAUGAAAUACUUGAUGGAAGUCAAUCUCCCUGAUGAAAUGCAUGAUUUAACCUGCCACGUGGUAAAAGUGACUGGAAUAGGAGAAGUGGAUUUUCUAACAUUUGAUCCUAUAGCUAAAAAGGCAAAAACUGUUAAAUAUGAUGUACAAGCUGUAGCUGUCAUUGUAGUGGUAUUGAAACUGCUCUUUUUAUUGGAUGACAAUUUAGAAUGGUCUUUGUCUAAUAUUGCUGAGAAAUAUAAUGAAAAGAAUGAAGAAGAUAAGCCAUGGUUUGAUUUCAGAAAAUGGUACCAAGUUAUGAAGAAAGCUAUUGACGAAAAAAAACAAAAAUGGGAGGAAGCCAGGGCAAAGUAUCUAUGGAAAAGUGAAAAGCCACUCUACCACUCAGCCAUUGACAGAUCAGUGGUAUAUAAAAGAAGGGAAAUGGUCGUGAGUCUACAAAAACAAUUUAGCACGCUGGUUGAUUCAAUACCAACUGUUGAAAAAAAAAGCCCUUCAAGUUUUCAGUUCAGCUGGACCGAAGAGGGCAGUGAUAAAACUUGUUUCCAUGGGCAUAGCCUCCAGGGAGUCCUGAAGCAGAAAGGCCAGUCACUGAUGACCAAGAAUUCCCUCUAUUGGCUGAGUACUCAGAAAUUCUGUAAAAGCUAUUGUAAGCAUGUGACAACCUACGAAGAAUCAAAUUUUUCUCUGAGUUAUCAGUUUAUACUAAAUCUCUUCUCCUUCUUGCUAAGAAUAAAGACCUCCCUUCUCCAUGAAGAAGUGAGCUUAAUAGAAAAGAGACUUUUUAAAGCAAAAUACAGUACAACAAAAAAGAAAUCUUCAAGAUCCAGGAAAGUAAGAAAAUGUUGAGAAAAAUGAAAUGGAAACUUUCUGGGGAAAAUAUUUUAAUAG